AUGCGCGCAGCAGCCUCCAAGAAACCUAACGACUCGGGGAAACCCCACUACGGCCCAAUUACACCCGAGAAAGCGGUCGACGUGAUAUGCCGGAGCUUCCGGUCCAACCAGAGCUGGGCUCCUUCGAAGGCGUUGUCGAAAUGUUUAUCCGUGCCCUACCAGCGCUUCCUCAUCGUGACGACCCCGAAGGACGAUCUGUCCAACCUGAUCUGGACAAGUGUGCUGGUGCUGGUCUACUGCGCGACGCACCUCGUGGACUUUCACGAGAGCUGGUACGAGGUCUCAGACGCGAGCGUGGCGUGGCUUCGACAGCAGCAACACUUUGUCGACCAGCGCGAAGACCUCGUGGUAAGCGCCUGCAACUUGCUGAGCGUCGGGGACCCUGACCAGCUUCUCUCGACGCUAUUCGCGCUCGCGACGGAGGCUCCGGACCCAGCGAUUGCAGAGGAAAACGCAGCGCUGCUGCGCGAGGGCUGGCAGCGUUGCUACCUGGACGAGCCGCCGUAUACGGCUUACUACUGGAACGCGGAGACCAACCACAGCACGUGGCGCCACCCCCUGGAGACCGCUCAAAUGGAGAAGGAGCUCAAGGAACAGAAGGAGAAGCGACAAGCUCUGCUGGCAAAGGUCCUUCCCCUGAGACUCCCCAUCAACCGCGACGUCAAACCCCCCACCGAAGCCUACGUCUGCUCCGAGUGUGCAGCUCAUGGGACGAAGCGGGAGGCGAGUGUGUUGUGCCUUGAAUGCGGGAAGAAGUACUUCUGCGACGCGUGCUGUGAUGAAGUCCAUUGCGACCGACUCAAGCGCAGUCACUUGGCCAAUGGCUUGCGCUUCAAAGAGUGCCUUGGACGCGCGGGCUUCCCGAAGAUCGUGCCCAAGCCGCGAACCCCGUUCAUGAUUUACCAGGAGGAGCUGCAAAAGCAGCAAGAGAGGGAAAAGGAGCAAGCUUCAGCCGAAGUAGACAGAAUCCCCGUCAGCUUCUUCAUCACCGAGUACUGCAUGGUCGUGAUGCUCUUCCGGGGCUUCGAGUCCAUGACGCACAGCAUGGCGAUGGCGGUGUUCGUGUGCGCCGCAACGAUGGGGAACCCGAAGUAG